CGGUCCGUUAAUACCACACUAUCGUCGGUCCAAUGAUACCUGCUGGAGCUUUCAUAACUGAUUUCAGCGGCGGCGGUCAGCGCAAAGCCUGAGAGUGAAGUCGCUGGACUACCUCGGGAACAUUGGCAGCGAACUGCAGGCCAUCUGGCGAAGACAGCUUGAGUAUGUCUCACCCUUGCUCUUUGUUGAAGUGGCGGAAGGUGCUGUGCGUGCUGUGCUGCUUGUUGACGGCGUGGUUGGUGUACAAGACUACAUGCGGCAGUCACCCGUCCAAGUGUCUCUCAAGCAGAAGACCAUGUGAACUGCAUGCACGAGGCCCUUGCCCACAGCUGCAUGCCGCUUCUUGCGCAGGCGGUCAGUUUGUUGAGGCAGGACACUGCCGAGGUCAGUCAAAGGUCCGAGAAGAGUUCAAGGUCAGAAUCCCAGGUCCCUAAACUUCCGGUCCAAGUCCAGCGUGACCAGAGCAAGAGGGUCCCCAGAAAAAGACUCUUCCAGAAGUGUGCUGUGUUUGUGGUGGAGGAACAUCAUGAGGUCAUUCCGUACUGGUUCUCUUCCGCAGACAAAGGCAUUGUACGGCAACAAGGCAACACGCUGUUUCACAUCGAUGGCCACUCAGACGCUGCUCCGCCUAUAUUGACAGACCACCUGCCUGUCUUUGUCUGGCCUCGUCCAGAGGAAUGGCAUCGCCUCAUGCAGGAGAACGACGUCUUCAUCUUUAGCGCGGUCUUGACACGACUGAUUGACCGCUACAUCUGGAUUGUACCUCCGUGGGACACAUCACUCGUCCGGUCACUGCCCAAUCAGCAUCUUCGAGUAGAGGUGGACUUGGGCAUCAUACACACCCCCUUGGCAGAUUCCGCGUCAGAGAGCCUUCACGGUUUGAAAGAAUCGGUUCUAAAAGCAGGGCAAGUUCAAAGUGCAAUCCAUUCCGACACCCCUGGAGAAGAACCUCGACGAAGGAGGCUCUUGUUUCAAAGCCUAAAUCGAGGACAACGUCCCGAACCACAGAUGAAGACCGACGAUGCAGACGUAAUGGAAGAGGACUUUGAACAGCAGGAUAGCCAAAGCUCCGAAUCAGAUAUACGCCUGUGCGCAUGUAUUGAUGAACUCGAUCAGUGUAUCUGGACAGACCAUCAUUACGUUCGCGAACAACGGGCCUUCUCGAACAUUACUGUCCCACGCCAGAUGUGUCACGUGGGGCAUCACGUUGUCUUGGAAAUCACGACCGCGAGCAAAGCUACUGAGCUGCUGUCUCGUCACGUGACAGAGAGCGGCGCGGCACCGUGGUUGAGCGUUGACGAUCCACUCAUCCUCGACAUCGACGAAGAUUUCUACGGCUGCGAGGCGGCCCUGACCCCGCUGCUUGUUGCUGGGGUGCCCGAACAGACGGUGGACCAGGUGUCCCUACUGGUGAGCCAGCUGUUCUGCCCCUCCUCCACCCUGCACGAGCACCUCGCCGACGCUUUCUUCAACUCCCUCGUCAACGCGGUGCGCAGCGUUUCACCUGCAAGUUAUUGCCGCAAUCACACCUGCGCCCUCAUCCGCCGCCGUCAACUUCUCAACCUCACGGGUGACCUGGUUCAAGAUUUGAAAAGGAGGGGGCUUCUGGCUUGCACGUGCAAAACAACAGAGAAAUUAGAAACAAUCUUGCAGGACCUCGUGAAUCUUCUUGCUCAACUGAACUCGAAGCAGCUGAAAGUUCUAGCUGAAGUCGGCAUUUGUCUGCCGGAGUCGGUGCUGACAGACGGAUUCGAUCCUGCCGAAGGUAUGGUCGUCUGUGUGGGCUACAACCGUCCCAACCGAACCAUCGUUCUGUUUCAUUCUCCGACCGGAGCGGAAGUGUUCUCCACGACAAGACUUCUUGGAGAUAUGUUGGCGAAAUUUCCCGUCCAGCCUCAGCUGGUGUCCAUCUGUCGCUCGGUGCGUGACGGGUACACACCCAGGUCACACUUCCGCCACAUCGAGAGAAGCAUUCUCUGGUUGGUUAGACGGCAUUUUACGGGUGUGGACGAAGACUCAGUUGUUUAUGAUCAGAAUUUGUUGGGUGGACGACCUGGCUGGCCUGACAGGCAUUGAUGAUAAGCUCCACAUAAACACAGCUCCUAAAGUCUAUUAAAUAAUAAUUUAAAAAAUUUUUUUUGGUCGAUGUUCUGCCAUCAUGCCUGAUGUAGUGCGUCUGAAAAUGAGAGACAACACUGCUCACUCAUAGCAAACUGCACCAGCAAACGAGAGGUAAAAUGUGCUGAACCACACUAAACUGUGUAGGCCUUUGGCUUUAAAAUAUCGGAUUAAAA